AUGUUGAGCCGGAUUUCACUGUCUUCUAGAUCGCUUCGCGUCAUCCUCGUGGGCGUGUCGAUCCUUUUCGGAGUAGUGAUGUUGCUGUAUCUUCCAACGGCUUCGAGUUCCUCCAAAGUUGAUUUCGUCGUCCCUGCCAAGCAAAUUGACUGGUCGCGGUUUGCGUACACCCAAUAUGCCACCGAACGCCCCUAUCUGUGCAAUUCAGUCAUGAUGUUCGAGACUUUGAACCGGCUGGGAAGCAAAGCGGAUCGCGUAUUAAUGUACUCAUCGGAGUGGUCUAUGGCGGAGGAUGCCGAUACAUACGAGAGUAAUCUGCUUCGUUAUGCGCGGGAUCGCUAUGCAGUCAAGCUUAAGCCAAUCGAAGUGCAGAUGAGACCGGGCAACGAUAAGACAUGGGCGAAAAGCUACACGAAGCUACUCGCAUUCAACCAAACAGAGUACGAUCGCGUUCUGAAUUUGGAUUCAGAUGCGACCAUUCUCCGGACUAUGGAUGAGUUAUUCUUUCUACCAUCUAGUCCUGUCGUCAUGCCCUUGGCCUACUGGGUGGAACACGAAAAGCCAAAACUUACAUCUGCGAUGAUUCUCAUCCAACCCUCUGUUGCAGGGUUUCAUCGCACAAUGGAUGCAAUCUCCCGGGCUAACUGUAGCAUGUUUGACAUGGAGAUUAUGAACCUUAUGUACGGAGACACUAAUCUCACGAUACCUCAUCGACCUUAUAUUCUCCUUACUGGUGAAUUCCGCUCCAAGGACCACAAAGCGUAUCUGGGGAAUGCACACGAAAAGUGGAAUGCAGAGAAAAUAUUUCGAGAGGCUAAAUAUUUGCAUUUUUCCGAUUGGCCUGUUCCUAAGCCGUGGAAUACACCUCUCCCAGAUGUGAUGGAAGACUCACAGCCUCCAUGCGAGCUAAAUCCGGCAACUGGUAAAGAGGAUGAUUGCCACGCUCAGAAGAUCUGGUUGGGAAUCUAUGAGGAUUUCCAGAAAAGGCGAGAGGAGAUAUGUGACACGGCUGUAAGAGAAGGAGAGCCACGAGAAGAGGAGCCAUAG